CAUUCAUCCAUUUAUGUGGUGUAUAUAAAUAGGAUAAAUUAACAUGAUUCAAUUGAAAAAAACUAACGACAAUUAAUAAUGCCGCAGCCAUCGAAUGUUGAAUAUUAUGAUCAAUUAGAUCGUUUAAAUUUCAUUUAUCCAUAUUAUGAAAGUCCAUUUCCAGUUCUAAUUAAUCGUAAUUAUUCAAAAUGGAUGAUUCGAUAUUGUUAUGAAUGGGCAAUUGAUAAUAGUGGACCAUUACGUAAACAUCAAGCAUUUGUUGAUUCGAUUCGUAAUUCAGAUCUUGGCCUUUAUUCAGCUUGUUGUUUUCCAUCGGCAAAUUUUCAUCGUUUAGAAAAAUUAAUGAAAUGGUGUACAAUGUUUUUUCUGGCUGAUGAUUAUCAUGAUGGUCUUAGCCGAAUACUGAGUAAUGGUCAAAUUGAUUAUGGUAAUUUUUGGAUUCCAAUGAUCGAUAUGUUUGAUGGUAUUUUAACCGGUUAUCAAUGUAAUGAAUGGCCAGAUUUUAUAAAAGCCAUACAAAGAGUAGCAAAAGAAGUUUAUUUUGAUUAUACAAAACAACAGAUUAAUCGUUCGAUAAAAAUGUUUAAAGAUUAUAUAGCUGGAAAUAUAUUGGAAGAUAAUUGGUCAUCAGAACAUAAUGAUGGUACGAAUUUAACGAACGGUAAUGGUUUACAAUCAGAAACAAUCAUACCAGAUUGGGAUAGCUAUAUGAAAGCACGUUUAGGUUCGGUUGGUGGUCAAAUGACAUUACAAUUAAUUGAAUAUGCAAAAAAUAUUUCAUUAAUUGAUCAAGAAUGGAAUCAUCCAUUAAUGAAAUCAUUACUUGUUGCCGUAUCUGAAGAAAUGAUUAUGGUUAAUGAUCAUCUGACAUUUCGUAAAGAAGUUGCUGAAGCUAAUUUUAAAUUUAGUAAUAUGCGUCAUGCAUAUACUGUUUUAGUUCAUAAUAAAGGUUUAACAUUACAAGAAGCUGUUAAUCAUGUACAUCAAUUGAUUAAAGAAAAAGAUGAAUUAAUAUUUCAAUUAAUCGAACAGAUUAUGGAUGAUCCUAUAUUAAAUUCAAGUUCAGAAUCAACACAACGAUUACAAUUAUAUUUAGAAGGUGUUAAAGAAGUAUUAGGUGGUUAUUGGCGUUAUGCUAUACAAGCCCGGCGAUAUCAUGGACAAAAUUUUCAAUCACAAAAUGCAAUACCACCAGCUGGACAUUUUGUUUAUGAUCAACAUCAAACAAUCAUAUUAAUGAAUGAUAAUAAUAAUAAUAAUAAUCAGAAUAAUAACAGUAAAAACAAAACCAAUUAUAAUUAUGAAUGGUUAAAACCGAUACCGGAAAAUGUUCAACCAGAAUAAAUCAAAUAUUCCGAUCAAUAGAUGGCGCUUGGUUAUCGUUGUUUUUUUUUAAUUUAUGAUUUUUUUUUACUGAAAAAUAAAAAGAUUCGAUU